UAUUAUACCUGUUACCUGUGUGUAAUUAAACGCAUGAAUACAACAAAAGUAUCGAUACGCCAUAAUUUAAUCUUGCAUCUUUUAUACUUCUUAUUAACUUUAUUUGUGAGUGUUUGGAUAUUUGAGUGCUCACUGGGAUCGCAAGGGCACAGCCAAGUGUCGAUGCUACGGGCCGGUAAAAGAACCUUGGUUUUACAAUCUAUUCAGCCAGUAUUGGUUAUGGCGUCAAUGUGGAGGAGUUUCAAAGGAUUAUUUGGAAAACAACAUACUGAUAAUCCAACGUGCCAAAUGAUGCGAUACGUUCCACUGCCUCUAAACUAAUGCAGAUAAAAGAGGAUUUUUACUUCCUUGGUGAAGUUAUUUGACAGUGAAGUUGCGUCAGACUUGCUUGUUUGCUUUAUUAUUUAGAAUGUGUUCAGUGAUAAAAAUCGUUUUCUUGUAUAUGUGCCUAGGAUUUACCGUGGAUUCAGUUUCAUCAACGCGUAAUUGCCAAGAUUCUUCGCCAGCUGACAUUAUGUUCAUUAUCGAUGACUCUGGGAGCGUUUCGCAAGAUGGUUUCAUAAACUCACUGCAGUUUGUUCAACGGAUUGUAGAUGCUUUCAAUAUAGGGCCGUCAGCAACUCAGGUGGCAUUGAUCGUCUUUGACUACGAUGCUCGUAUCGAGUUUUAUUUUAACAAGAAUAAUGACGUGACAAGCUUAAAGUCAGCUAUUUCAGCAGUGAAUUAUACGGGUGGAGGAACUAAUAUUACUGCCGGUAUUGUCAAGGCAACAGAAAUGUUCAAGGACACAUCUGCAUCAGGACGCCGACCGUCGACUACUGGAAUUGCCAUACUCAUAACAGACGGUGACAUUAACAACUUUGAGCAAAGUACAAUCACUGCACAAAAGCUGAAAGAUCUGGGGAUUAUCAUUUAUACAGCGGGUGUUGGAAGUGCUGUUAAUGUUGAAGAGUUACAAAAUGUGGCAACAAAUCCGUCUUAUUACUUCAAUGCAAACAGUUACAAUGCACUGGAAGAUAUCAACGGACCAUUGACGUUGUCAGCUUGUACAGAUAUUGGCGGAUGCGUUUGCUACAAUGGAGGAACGUGUACCCCAGGAAACUUUGGAAACAAAUGUAAUUGUCCUGCCAUCUAUACAGGAUUUUAUUGUGAGAAAUCAAUAUGUGAUGAAUCCCCGUGCGUCAAUGGAGAUUGCAAAGAUACCGGCGACAACUGGAUUUGUUCUUGCCAAGCUGGGUACACCGGAACUCUUUGUGACAGCAAUAUUGACGAGUGUGCCAGCAACCCUUGUGUCAAUGGAAAUUGCAUUGAUGGUGUCAAUAGGUUUCGCUGUUUUUGUCAGCCUGGGUACACGGGUACUUUAUGUGAUAUCGAUAUUGACGAAUGUUACUCUCAGCCUUGCCAGAAUAAAGGAACCUGCAAGAAUUAUGUGAAUUUCUAUACUUGUAUCUGUGCGCCAGGAUACACUGGGAUAAACUGUGCCAUCGAAAUCGACGAAUGCGAAAGUUCACCGUGUCAGAAUGGUGCUACCUGUCUGGAUUGGGUCAAUGCAUUCUUCUGUGAUUGUCCUCAUCGUUAUUACGGUGUAUACUGCGAAACAGGAGUAUGUCAGCCAUCUGUAGCCGAUCUCGUAUUUGUGCUAGAUUCAUCCGCUAGUCAAACAAAAGAAGAAUUUGGGAAACAGUUGGACUUCAUUAACACCUUUAUUGACCAUAUUGUAAUAGGAGAAAAAAACCUUCAAGUAGGUGUUAUAACAUAUUCAUUUGAAGCAGUUACUGAGAUUUCUAUAGGAGAGUAUAACGACAAUGCCACACUUAAAGAAGCGGUAAGAAAUAUCAAGUACAGACCUGGAGCGACUUUUACAGACAAAGGCCUGAAAGCUGCAAAGGAACUUUUUGACAGUACAUCUAGGAAUAGACCAUAUGGACAUAUUGCUAAGCGAUAUGUGUUUGUGUUGACGGAUGGAAUGUCGACCAAAAGAAAAGCUACAGUCAAGGCCGCGGAAAAUCUAAAGUCUACAGUGAACAAGGUCUUGGCUAUUGGAAUAGGUAAAGAAGUGUCCCAUAUGGAGUUGCUUGCCAUAGCAUCUAAUGAAAAUACGGCUACAGGACGUUCAUAUGUCUACUCUGUUCAAAAUUUCAAUGCAUUGUACACAGUGGUGAAAGAGUUGGUGCAAUUAACGUGUGACGAAUGCUCAUGGAAGACCUCCUCGGACAUUGUAUUCCUAUUAGACAUGUCAACGACAAUGUCAGCUGACAAUUUCCAAACUGGUUUAAACGCAAUCACAUAUCUCACACACAAAACAGUGGAAAUGGAAACGGAAAACAAUACGGUCAGAAUUGCACUGAUGACAUAUGGAGAUGAAACUGACACACAGCUAAGGAGAGCUUUGAAUGACUCGGAUACAAAGCAAAUGUUCUUAUCGUCGAUACAAAGGCUUGUUAUCUCAGACGGUAAUUGUCAAUCUGAUGGACACACGUGUGAAACUUCAGAACUAACCGAUGCUUUAAAACUUGCUGACAACAGUGUAUUUGACAACACUGUGAAGAAAGGCGAUGACAGUCGAGAAAUUGUAAUAGUACUAUCUGAUGGGCAAGAACGUAUCACUGCUGAAAUGAAUACCGAAUUAGAUAAGAUAAAAAGGGUGGGCAGGUCUGUCUAUGCCAUAGCGUUAGGCACAAAAGCCAAUAUUGGUAAUCUACAGGAUAUAGUGGGGGACCCAGCGCUAGUUUUUUCAGUCUACGACGAAUUUACAAUAAAUUCUUUAGAUGCUCUUACGGCAGAAUUCUUUUUCAGUUCUUGUGAUCUUUCAAAUGACUUUCUUGACAGCAGCUAAACGAAAUUUGUGCGAUUUUUUUCUACUUUUGUAGUGUCUACUUUUCAUAAAGUUCCGGACAUAUGAAGGAAAAGCGUUUGAUAGUGUCUUACCAUUGUUGUUUUCAUCAACGAAGUAUGUAAACGGAUUGAGUGAUAGCUUCUCGUAUCCCUGUUUAAAAAACAAACGCAAGUUAUUGAGCUAUACACACAUGUUGGACUUAAAAAAACAACUAAGAAUCAAACAUAUAGUAAUGUUGUGGUUUUUUUCGCCUGACCGUUAAUAUCUUUCUUUGUUACUUUGCCUAAUGCAAAGGUACCGAGUACGGUUUCAUAUACAAUAACGAAGUCCUGUUUUAGUGGAGCUGUGUUUCUUGAACAUGGCCUUUUCCUUAUGAGUAACUGCUUCCUUUUUGUGUGUGGAAAUUAAUCAGAAUUUUUGUCUCUUAUUACAACAAGUUUAAGACAUAAACAUUCUACUGCUUUUAUAUUUCUUAAUAGUAUUUAAACUGGAUCUGCAUUUUUCGUAAAUUUUGAUAUUUACAUGUAGUAAUGUUCCUUAGUAUAACAAUAUACAUUCAACUUGUAGGGGUUUCUUUGCUUAUCACAUGAUAAUCUUGUCCUGAAAACAUGUUAAAAUGUUUGAUUUAAACGACUUUAAUACACUAUUUUGUAUUUUGUCCUUAAUUAAACACUAAUAAUUUACUCAUUCCCAUGUCAAUAAUUUUAAUUCACGUACGGCGAAUUGCCGCACGUCGCCGCACGACAACAUCAUACAUCUGUGGUUCACCGCAUUCCUUACGGUGUCAAAAGUUACAGAUUACCUUUAGAAUUGAACAAGCAAUAAAAUACACGAAAUAAAAAAGAAAACGUGUUUGUUUUUGGUGAAGAAAUAAAACACUUUUUUUUUAUUUUCGAAACACCAUGCAUCAAAUUUUCAAGCCUUUGUUGACCCUACAUGACAAUAUUGCUUCGAGAACUGUUUUUAUGUAUUUGGAUGUUAGGGCGAUUAUAUAAACCAUUAAACGGUAGAUUUAAUAAAGCUUGCAAUUUUGACAAGAAGUGUGCAUUUUUACUGCUCUUAUCUGGAUAUGGAUGUAAAAAGUAAACUAAUUUUCAAUGUGAGUCACCCAGUUUACCCAUUUUACUCUCCCGCCCACUUAGCUCAACAGGGAGAACAUGAGUUUGAUAAAGACAUUGUGUCUGAAAUAAUUCGUUCUCCACCUCUGAUGUUGGGUUUUUUUUUUCAAUUAUAAUUAUUGUAACAGAUACGUUAAAUACGUUUUUGUUUAUUAUCGACAUUACAAACCAGAGAAGAAAAUUGUUGAAAGUUAAUAACCAGAUAAGGGGUCGAGGAGGGACAACUGUGGGAUGAGAGAAUAAAACGGAUAAAUAAUGAAUGAAUGAUUUUUUAUCGACACAGAAAGAACAUUUACAGCCGAAAUUAAAAGAGCAAAGCAAGAAACUAAUAUUUAUGGUUAAUGCAGUAUGUUCUUUAGAAAAUGUGUCCCACAAAAAGAACAUAAUUUGUGUUUAUAUGAGUCUAAUGUUCUUAAACUUGUCAUAGUACAGUUAUCCAAGACGAUUCGGGUAACUGUACCACUUGAGGGCACCUGAAAAUAUGUUCAGUGCCAGGUUUUGUUAAGGAGAUAGAAUUAAUGUUCAAGUACGAGUUAUUAGAAGGUUUUCCACGUGGUGUAUUUCAAUGUGUCAGUUUUGAAUUGAGUAGUGACAAUUAAGAUUAAAUCUUGAACUAAUAUUACUUUCAUUCAA